UUUGAGGAUUCUUUCUUUGGAUUAGCCGCACAAUUACGACUCUUUGUGAUUCGCCGGGCCGUUCCUCAUUUCUGUUUGAUUCUCUUCGUCUGCGGUUUCUCUCUUCUGUUCUCUCUGUACAGACAUAUAUAUAUGUGUACAUAUGUUCUCGAAUAUUUAAUUUUUUUCCUCUCCUUCCCGUUGCUCUCCGACCCUCUCUGAGUUUUGUUUAAAGAACAGAAGAAAAAGGGGUCCAGCUGUUUAGGGUUUUUCUUCUGGUGCUUAUCGAAUUAGAAUCGAUGGGUGUAUUUGAGGAGAUUGGAGGUGAUAUCAGUUCGGAUGUUGAAGUUGAUGACAUAAGGUGUGGCAAUAUAACGGAAAAAGAUGUUAGCGAUGAGGAGAUUGAAGCAGAAGAAUUGGAGAGGAGAAUGUGGAAGGACCACGUCAAACUCAAGAGGAUCAAGGAACGGCAGAAGCUUGCUGCCCAGCAAGCCGUGGAGAAGCAGAAGACAAAGCAGAACAAUGAUCAGGCCCGGCGGAAGAAAAUGUCGCGAGCUCAGGAUGGGAUUUUGAAGUACAUGUUGAAGCUUAUGGAAGUGUGCAAUGCUCGUGGAUUCGUGUAUGGGAUAAUUCCUGAGAAGGGUAAGCCAGUUAGCGGUUCCUCGGAUAAUAUAAGAGCUUGGUGGAAAGAAAAGGUGAAGUUUGAUAAGAAUGGGCCAGCAGCCAUAGCCAAGUAUGAAACGGACCGUCUUUCCAAGGCUGAGGGAGUUGGUAAUCAAAAUGGAAACUCGCAAAGCAUUCUUCAAGGUUUGCAAGAUGCAACUUUGGGAUCGCUUUUGUCUUCUUUGAUGCAACACUGUGAUCCACCUCAGAGGAAAUACCCAUUGGAGAAGGGUGUUCCGCCACCUUGGUGGCCAACUGGGAAUGAAGAAUGGUGGUUGAGACUGGGGCUGCCCAGGGGUCAGAGUCCUCCAUAUAAGAAGCCACAUGAUUUGAAGAAGAUGUGGAAAGUCGGUGUUCUGACUGCUGUGAUAAAGCAUAUGUCACCUGAUUUUGUAAAGAUUAGGAGGCUGAUUAGGCAGUCGAAGUGCUUACAGGAUAAGAUGACUGCAAAGGAGAGCUCAAUUUGGUUAGGUGUUUUGAGCAGAGAGGAAGCUCUUCUUCAGCAGCCUAGUAGUGAUAAUGGGUCAUCUGGCAUAACAGAAUCACCCUCUGAUGGUUGCGGUGGGAAGAAGAAACCUUCUAUUAGCAGUGACAAUGAAAGUGAUUAUGACGUGGAUGGUGUCGAUGAUGGCAUGGGUUCUGUUUCAUCUCAGAGUGGCCAGAGAAAUCAAACAAUUGAUAUAGAACCGUCUGUUAAUCCUCAAAAUAUUAAUUCUCAACCUGUUCAGGAUAAAGAGCAAGGGGAGGAGCAACCUAGGAGAAAAAGACAACGUAUGAGAUCAAGCCCUAUAGAUCAACAGGCUGCACCAUCUCCCAAUGAGCGGCCUUGUGAUGAGCCAAGAGACACGUUGCCUGAUAUAAACCACUCUGAUGUGCAGUUAGCUGGUUAUCAGAUGCAUGGCAGCCAACAGCAAAACUGCACAAUUGCAGCUAUGAGGCCUGCGGAGAAAGAGCCUGAGGUCCAAUCUCAGUUGCCAGUAUCUCACUAUAACCACUUGGCCACCCUUCCCUCAGCUGAUGUAAUCCCCAUGGAGAGCAUGUCUCUGGAAAGCAGACCCCUACUGUAUUCUGUUUCUCAAAAUUCUGAGCAUGUACCUAAUGAUUCUCAUAUGUGCCAUGCAUCUCAAGAUUUUGGAUUGCACAAUGAACCUCAGGUUUCUGCGUUGCACAACAUACCUCAAUUUGUGCAUUAUGGAGCUCAAAAUUGUGGUUUGCAUGAUGGACAACAAAAUUCCAGUUUGCACCAAGGCUCUACAUAUGAUUUCUAUAAUCCAUCCGCAGAAUUCGGUCCCAGUCGUGAUGAGCAGCAAUUCCAGAUGGUGUUCAACGAAAACCAGCUUACACCGGAGGAUUCUGGAGUUCAUUUACCAGCACUCCAUAGAAAUGAAAAUGAUAUCACUGGAGGAGAUCUCCACCAUUUUGGUGAAGAAACAUUUGCGGAGGAGCAAAAUAGGCCUGUUGAGAAUCAUUUUGGGUCUCCAAUCAAUAGCCUGUCACUAGAUUUUACAGGAUUCAACAGCUCUUUUAUGUCCGUUGAUGGUACAAGUCCAUUAGAUAUCCCUGAUGUAGAUUUUGUGCUUGAUGAUGACUUGAUUCAGUACUUCGGGGCAUAAGCUGUAGAUGUGAAACUUCAGAGUUAAAAUUGUGAGUGAGAUCAGGAAAACAGGAUUACCUGUGAGCAAGGCGGAGAACUUUUUUGUGUUCUUUUGGAUUUGUUGCAAGUGCUGACAUUAUGUACAGUAGGUCUUGAGGCUGUAAGUUAUAAACUUCAUUUUUUCGUAACUCAUUCAUGAUGAAUAGAUUUGUCAAUUUUCAGGUCAAAAGUUUGUCCCUACCUUGUGUAAUGUUGGAAAUAAGUAUUUAACUUACUAAUCGGGUUCACCAUGUUCUUAACUUUCUUUUUUUGAUGAAAGCAUUCAUAACUUUGUUGCUGAUGACUUAAAAGGGGGAAAGCUUUUGUUCCCCGGUCAGUGUUUGUGUAUUAGUACUCAUUGUUUUCCUAUCAUCUUUGCUGCUGUUCUUUUUACUUUCUUGGGGGUGGAUAGAAUUGUUAUGUAUGGUGCAAUAAGUAUUGUUUUUGUUUUUGUUCGAACUGG